AUAUCAUAUUUACUACGCGCUAGAGAACAAGAUAUUUAAUUAGUAUUGAUUGUCAUUUAUAUGUGCUUAAAUAAAACAGAUGAAGUAGAGAUGAAGUGAAGUAGAGAUCAAUAUUAUAAUUAGUGUAUAAUUAAUAGUUUUACAAAUAUAUGUUUUGCAUUUCAACGCAUACAAAUAAAGCCAUAGUACAAAGGGAGAUCAUUAAGUCAAAGAAAAAAAGACGGAUAUAAUGGAUUCUGAAUGGUCUGAAGAACCUCAAACUUCUUAUGACAGUAAUGGACGUAGUUAUGGAAAAGGACGAGGUUUUAUACCGCACAACAAUAAUAAUAUCAACAAUAAUAAUAUCAACAACAAUGCGUGGGAUCCUAAAGACGCAGAAGAUACCAAGAAUGAGCAAUCUAAUACUGACAAAUUUUGGCAAUCUACUGAUGGUUAUGAUUACAAAGUAACAACCAGUAAAGUGGAAAAAGACGGAGAAGGAGGAGGAAAAGACGGAGAAGGAAGAGGUAGAGGCAGAGGCAGAGGGAAAGGCAGAGGCAAAGGAGGGGAAGGAGGAGGAAGGGUUGGUCGAGGAAGAGGUACAUUUAAAAAUAGGGAUGGAAAUGAUAAUGAUAAUAAUGAUUACAGAAGAAAUAAUAAUUAUGAAAAUAAUGCUGAUGAUGGUAAUCAGAAUGACCAAGAUGGUAGAUCAAAAAAAACAGGUGUUGCACAAAGCAGUUGUGCAGGAAUGUCACAGAAACCUAGAGAACAGUAUAUUCCACCAGAUUUACCCAGUGAUGAGAAAACCUUAUUCAGUAAUGGUGUUGAAAUGGGCAUAAAUUUUGAUAAGUAUGACUUUAUUGGUGUUAAAGUAACGGGAGAGGAUCCACCUCAGCAAAUAGAAAGUUUUGAAAAUAGUGGCCUUAGACCCCUUCUUUUAAACAAUAUAAAAAGAUCAGGAUACACAAAACCUACUCCAAUACAGAAGAAUGCCCUUCCAAUUAUAAUGGCUGGUCGAGAUUUAAUGGCUUGUGCACAAACAGGUUCAGGAAAAACUGCUGCAUUUUCAAUUCCCAUUAUAAAUAUGUUAUUACAAAGAGAUGCUGAUCUAGGGUUAUCCAUGUCAUACUGUGAACCACAAGCUCUUAUCAUAUCACCUACUCGAGAACUUACUAUGCAAAUAUGGCACGAGAUUGUUAAGUUUUCAUACGGUUCAUUUAUGAAGGCUGCAGUUGCAUAUGGUGGAACAUCUGUUAUUCACCAAGGGGGAAAGCUUUCUAAAGGUUGUCAUAUACUUGUAGCAACACCUGGAAGGUUAUUAGAUUUCAUAGAAAGAGGAAGAAUUAAGUUUUCUUCUCUACAGUUUCUUGUAUUGGAUGAAGCUGAUCGUAUGUUAGACAUGGGGUUUUUACCUAAUAUUGAAAAGAUUGUAGAUCAUGAGACCAUGCCCACGAUUAACAGGCAAACGUUAAUGUUUUCUGCCACCUUUCCUGAUGAGGUACAGCAUUUGGCAAAAAGAUUUCUAAACAAUUAUUUAUUCGUCGCAGUUGGUACCGUAGGUGGAGCUUGUGCAGAUGUGGAACAAAAUUUUUAUGAAGUUGUCAAGGGUAAGAAGAAAGACUUACUUAAAGAAAUUUUACAAAGAGAACACGAUGCUGGUACUUUACAAGGUACUUUGGUGUUUGUUGAAAUGAAGAAGAAGGCAGACUUUAUUGCAGUCUUCUUGUCCGAGAGUAAUUAUCCUACUACCAGUAUUCAUGGUGACAGAUUACAGAAACAAAGAGAAGAAGCAUUAGCUGAUUUUAAAAGUGGGAAGAUGUCUGUUUUGGUAGCUACGGCUGUUGCCGCUAGAGGUUUAGACAUAAAGAAUGUGGCACAUGUUAUAAACUAUGAUUUACCAAAGGGAAUCGACGAAUAUGUUCAUCGAAUUGGAAGAACCGGUCGUGUAGGAAACCGAGGAAGAGCGACUUCCUUUUUCGAACCUGACGAUGAUGCACCACUACGUGAAGAUCUUAUUAAAAUAUUGAAACAAGCAGAACAACCUGUUCCAGAUUGCUUGUUGAAUGGAAGCUCGAACAGAAACUAUUUGCCAGGAAGAGGUACAAACAGAUAUGGAGGUGCAGACAUUAGAGAGUAUGUAAGCGGAUAUGCCACAGCAGUGUAUAUGUCACCUACAGCAAUGAGGCCGCAAAUAGCAGUCGAGCCAGAAGAGACGUGGUAGAAAGUUUCUCUUUUUUUUUGUUUACAUACUUUUUGGUAUUAUUGUUAGGAACAAGGUAGUAUACUUUGUUUCUUUAUUCCAUAAGUCAGAGGUACAAAGAAUUUUCUAUUCAUUAAAGCUUAAUAUGUUUAAUAGUAUUCUUCAAAGAAGAUUAACAAGUAAUAGUAA